UAGCCGUAAAUAAAUUACUGCCGGCACGUACAACCCACCACGCAGCCGCCGCCGCCGCCGCUGCUGCUCGAUCAAGUAGAAAUCAAGAGAGUACAAGAUAGAGAGGAGAGGAGAGGAGAGGGAGCGGGAGAGGGGGAGGGGGAGGGGAGAAAGAGAUGUGCCAGAACCCUAAACCUAGUCCCGCUCCGAAUCCGGAUCCGAGCCCCAGCCCCAGCCCCGGUCCUAGCCCUAGCCCGAGCCGUAAUCCUAACCCCGGCGGUGAGGAGCGGUGGCGGGGGGACCUCAAGAAGCAGGCCCUGGUGCAGGACCUAGCCCGGAGGCUCUCCGGCGGCGACAUGUCGACGCGGGUCCAGGCCGCGCGGGAGGUGCGCAAGCUCGCCCGGGCCUCGGCCAAGUCUCGCUCCGCCUUCGCCGUCGCCCCCGUCGUCCAGCCCCUUAUCGCCAUGCUCCCCUCCCCGGACCACGACGCCCGGGAGGCCGCCCUCCUAGCGAUCCUCAACAUCGCCGUCCGCAACGAGGGAAAUAAGGAUAAGAUAGUGAAGAGUGGUGCUGUGCCCCAUUUAGUAGAGCUCCUCAAAUCUGGGAAGAAUAGCCUAAGAGAGUUAGCCACUGCAGCAGUGCUGACACUUUCAGCUUCAACACCAAAUAAACCCACUAUUGCUACCUCUGGAGCAGUGCCCCUUCUUGUUGAAAUCCUCAUUUCAGGAAGUAUCCAAGGAAGGGUUGAUGCCGUCACAGCCCUCUAUAAUCUUUCUUCUUGUGAAGAUAGUUCCAAUUUUAUUCUGCCCUCAGAAGCAGCUAAACCUCUUCUCGCCCUUUUAAAGGACUGCAAGAGAUACUCCAAGUUUGCUGAAAAAGCGACUGGUCUCUUGGAAAUCCUGUCUAGAACUGAAGAAGGAAGGAACUUGAUCUCAGAAUUCGAUGGAGGGAUUUUGUCACUGGUAGAGACCAUUGAAGAGGGUUCAUUGCUGAGUGCAGAAUAUGCUGUCGGAGUAUUGCUCUCUUUGUGCAGUAGUUGCCGGGAGAAGUAUAGGGAGCUUAUCCUCAAAGAAGGUCCAAUUCCAGGACUUAUGCUGUUAACGGCAGAAGGCACAAAGAAGGCCCGGGAGAGGGCUCAUAAUAUCUUGGAUCUGCUUAGGGAUGAUUCCAAGAAGAAGAAAGUAGCAUCGAAAGACCUGGAGAUUUUGGCUUUUGACAUUGCUACUCGUGUUGACGGCCCAGUCAAAGCUGCAGCAACAGCAAAGAGGAUAAUGGAGGAUAUGGUCCGACGAGAUAGGGAACUUACCAUCACCAAGCUUCAGCCUAAAAGAUGUCGCUAACUUGAAAUGCCUUUUUGCAUAUCGGGUUUACAUAUUAAAGCUAGAAGUCUAGGAUUUGUUGGCAUCAAGUGUAAAAUUGUUGUGUGUUGAAGUGAAUCCACACCAUGCGUUUUUUCUUUUUUUUUUCCUUUUUCUUUCUCCCUUCUUAUGUACAUAUGUGUUGCUCCUAAAAUGACUUUUAGCUGACUUGCUAAAAGUGCUGUGCUAUGAUUUCUUUUGCAACAAUGGAUCUUCUGCAUUAUAAAUCAUUUUCGGAAAA